CCACAUCCUCCUCGUCGCACCUCUCGCCUUCCGAUUCCUCUGGCCUUACUCUGGCAGAGCGCUGAGAGUCCGCUGAGCAGCAUGGUCUCGCCUCGCCCGCAGCCGCAGCGCGGGCUCAGCUCGCUCGCCGCGCGUGCAGCGGCAGCAGCAGCGGCCGUGGGCGACGACAGCGCUGUGCGGACGCCGCAGUCAGCAGCUAGCACGCCCCGCCCGGCCUACGCGCGGCGGCAGUCCAGCGCCGACUUUGGCGCCUUUGUCGGCUCCUCGUCGGCGCUCGACUGGGGCAUCGAUGCCGGCGCAAGCUCUUCUGCUUCACCGUCUGCUGCGGCGCCGACGUCGCAGCCCGACUGGUCGGCGUGGGACUCGCUCGCCUCCUCCUCCACCGCCACGCCGCUGCCCUCCACCACGGCGGGCAACAGCGGCGGGCUGGGCUUCAACGCCGCAGACGACGCCUUCUUCGCCGCCUUUGAGCAGGCCACGCUCUCCAGCUCCGCCUCUGCCGGCGCUGCUGCAGCAGGCAAGGGCAGGGAGAGCCCGCCGAUCAUCGACCUGCGGCCUACGGAGCGCAAGCUGGCCGCACAGGCUGCCGCACGCUCGCCGCGCAUCAGCACGGGCACUUCCGCGGGCAGAACGGCGUCGCAGUCGCGGCAGGCUGAGGAAGACUUCUUCGCGGCAUUCGAGCGCUCGCCAGAAGAGACACUGCGACGCCUGCCGAAGCCGCCGGCUCUGAUGGGCGACGACCUCGAGGCGAUGACGGACGCGCGGCUGAGCCCCAUGGCCAUUCCCGCUUCUCCACACACGGCGCGGCAGGAGUACUUCUCUACAGCACAGCCAGCGGCGCAGGAGCGGGAGAAGCAAAGCCAGCAGGAAGAGGAGCAGGGCUGGACGGGCAGCCUGAAGCGCACGUGGGGCUCAUUGCGCGGCCUUCCCGCCGGCAUCGUUGAGCACCUGCCGUCGGUGGCCGACUUUGUCGUGCCGCCCGGCGAUGGUUCAAGCGGUGAGGAGGAGGAUGCUCGCAUCUAUGCAGAGAGGAUGAGGCAAAGGGCGGGGAGAGAUGGUGCUGGCGCCAAGGAGAGACGACCCUCGUCUAGCUCGACGAGCAGCUCUGCCUCUGCGCCCAAGCGGGGUCUGGCGCAUGCUGCAGACUAUUCCUCCUCGACACCCUUCGGCACUUCCUCGUCCGGCGGGCCUUCCUCCGCGCCUCGACGUGGCUCCACGCUCGGCUCCACCAGCGGCGCCACGCUCUCCGGCGCGCCGGGCUUCGCUGCCGGCACGCCUCAGCGCUGGAACACCGGCUCCUGGUCUUUGCCAGCCGCCUCACCUUCCGCAACACGGCAGCCCAUUCCCGUCACGCUCGUUGGGCGCGCCGAGGAGAGCGAGACGUGCAUCACACACUGGCAUGCCUCGCGCCUGCAGGCCCAGCUGCCGCCGCGCUCGCAGCUGGGCAAGACGUGGAAGCUGCUCUACAACCUCGAUCAGCACGGCAUCUCGCUGCAGACGAUGUACGCAAACGUCGCCUCGGGCCUCUCCUCGUCCGGCGCAGCCCGCGGAGACAGCGAGGAGGUAAAGGAGGGCUGGCUGCGCGGUGCCAGCAGAGAGGCACGGGCAGCACUGGGCGAGUCACGACGUGUGGGAGGCGGCCUGGAGCUCAAAGACGCGGGCAUCGUCGUGGCCGUCAUCGACUCGCGGGAGAAUGUUUUUGGCGCAUACCUCAACGAGCGGCUACGAUCGCAGAGCAGCUACUACGGCUCGGGCGAAUGUUUCCUGUGGAAGACGACGCGCGGAUCCUCCUCGACUGCCGACGAUGCCAUCAAAGUGUUCCGCUGGACGGGGCGCAACGACUACGUGGCGUUGACGGAGCACUCGUUCCUCUCCUUCGGCGGCGGCGACGGGCGCUACGGCCUCUGGCUCGACGGGCGCCUCGAGCACGGCGUCUCGGCGCGCUGCCCGGCGUUUGACAACGACGUGCUGUGCGAGGGCGACGCAGACGUCAAGACGGAGGCGGACGCCAAGGAGGAGCGCUUUGAGGUGCUGUGUGUCGAGGUGUGGGCCGUCGGAAUAGACUAGGCAUGCUCGGCGCCACGACGAGCAUUGAGAUGUCUGAAGGCGGCUGAGCAUGCAGCACAUAUGCUGCAGAUGUGUACCUUGUGUUGGCACGCAUACUAGCAGACGAGGAAGCGCCGAGAGCAGGAUCGAGUGGAGCCGCUGC